AUUUUAUAGAGACCCUCUUCUUCCAUAAGAGCGUAGACAUUCAAGUCUUUCAACUCGUCUCUCAUUCGUGAUUUGAGUUCGCUCCCUCUCCCUCUCCCUCUCCCUCUCCCUCUCUCUGCAUUUUCUUCUCUGCUUGAUUUGAGCAGUGAAGAAGCAGAAGAGCCGUUCUUCUUUUCUUCGUCUUUCUCAUUCUUUGGUUCGUCCGAUCGAAGGCGUGAAGAAAGAACUGGUUUCUGCUUGUUGGUGCUCCUGUAAUGGCGAACGUCCCACAAUUCGGCAACUGGUCAAGUGGAGAUCAAGUACCUUACACUGUAUGUUUUGAAAAAGCACGGAAACGAAGAGGUGGGCCGCUGGUUAAUCCAAACGAUCCACGUGAAAAUCCCAGUGCAUUUGGGGAAGCACCUCAGGUUCCCGACUGCGCUGCUCCAAAUGAUCACCACGAAAAUCCUGGUGCAUUUGUUGCAGCUCCUCCAGCAGCUCCUGUUCCUAAGCAUGAUCCCUUGCGAAGUGCAGAGGCACUCAGAAAGCCAACAGAUUUUCCUGGGCAGCUCGAUCGCGGUGGAACUACGGCUUCUGAUUUGGCGAAGCGAGGAAAGAGAGAAAAUGGAGGAGGUGAUAGGACUGCUGGCUAUGCAUCUCCUCAACCAUAUCAUGAAGAAAGAGUUUACCGUAGGGAUAGUGCUUCUGAGACAAAGAAUUCCACCGAUGGAGGGCCGCGCUUGAAAAACAGAUCAGCUGUUCGAGCCGACAAUGUGGGAACAGGUCCUGCUAUCCCAAAAUUCGGAGCUUGGAACGAGGCAGAUCCUUCUGCAUCUGCGGGAUAUACUGGCAUCUUUGACCAAGUGAGGGUGGACAGGCUGGGCGGCACAACAGGAGCUCGGAGAGCUCCUGCAAUUACAGUAAAGACACCAGAUCAUUAUGCCGCGACCCCGAGGCAGGAAGUUCGUAGAUCUUGGAUCCACCGUUGCUUUGGCAUGUGACAAGAAGGCCUGAUGCAGACUGUAUAUAGCUUUCAAAGACCAUUUAUAUUGAAGACAAAAAUUCAUUUUUUUGCUCUACUUUGCGCAAGUGCUGAAAUAGUCUUGGUGUUGGUUUGAAAGAGAGAAUGUACCUAGGAUAAUUGGUGUAUACUUUGCUUACUGUCGCUACAUUUAAAAGAUUGUAUUUCUGGUACCA